AUGGAACGGGCAGUCCGCGCUAUCCAGGGCCUAUUACCGAGUACACUUCCCCCGUCCCUACGAACAACACCUGCAAAUCUUUACCAGGUGCUUUCCCGAGCUCCUGGAGGUGGCGUUGGCCAGCGCGUCCACCAGAUUCGAUGGACCGAGAAAGGCAUAAGAAACUGCUACUGGCAGGUGACGCGGACGCGGCUUAAGCUCGAGGGAAACCACGGAAAGGCAUGGGGGAAGCUCUACUGGCAAGGCAAGCAGAUUAGUGAGCGGGAGGAGAGAAUAGGUGGUUCAUUAAAAUACAAGUGGUCAACAGGUACAUCUUAG